AUGCAGCGCAAGACAGCUAGCCAUGGUACCAUCAUUCUGCUCCUCGGAGCCUUGUGCCUGCUGAGUUGUGGGCCGGCAUGGCUUGUUCCCGCAGGGAUGGCUGGUUCUGUGCCACGUCAGAUGAUGUCACAGCAGGCCGUGGCAGCUAGUGCUUUGACAGUGGGCGCUUUAGCCCGUGGCCGGAUUUCCGGAGCUUUGAUGGGUGGUUGCUUUGCUGCGUGCUUGCUGCCACUGCUUCUCGCACGAGGCUCUAGAAUGGGAAUGGCAUCGGUGGCUCCCUUUGGCUGCAUCGAGGAUGGUGCCACCGACCCCUCUCUGUUCAUACAAACAAAUGUGAAUUUGGGCGACAAGAAGAUGGACUUCAUGAAGGCUGCUUCGAAAGCUGUUGCCGAAUCUCUUGGGAAGCCCGAGAGCUACGUUGCAGUCUCAGUCCAGGAUGGCCAAGACAUAAUUUGGGGUGGCAGUGACGCGCCAUGCGCGUUGUGCAAAGUCAUUUCACUUGGAUCCAUCAACAAGGAGAACAAUGGCGCCCUGACCAAGAAGGUUUCCGAACUACUGGCAGAGUUCGAUGUGCCUCCAAAUCGCAUAUAUGUGAACUUCUUUGAUCUUGAGCGGCAGAAUGUGGGCUACAACGGUGCCACCUUUGCAGGCUGA